AUGAUAGAUAGUCCCCCUCUUAGUCUUUUUCUUAAAUCCUCAAUUGCUGCAGGGUCUACUGCAGCAGCUGCAGCAGCAACAGCAGCAGCAGCAGCAGCAGCAGCAGCAGCAGCAGCAGCAGCAGUAGCAGCAGCAGAAGAAGAAAUGGCAGCAGCAGCAGCCAGAAAUGCAGCAGCAAAAAGAAGAAAAAGAGAAGGAUUCGAGCAGAAGCAGCAGCAGCAACAGCAGCAGCAGCAGCAGCAGCAGCAACAGCAGCAGCAGCAGCAACAGCAGCAGCAGCAGAAGCAGCAGAGUUGA